CCAAGUCCCAUCUACCCUCCCCCGCUCUCUGCGAGGAGCAAUUGACGGCCAGGUAGACAUAACUAUCACGUACACACACACACACGCAGCACUUAUUCCCCCCAAGUUUACGGCGUAAAGAGGAAAACGACGGGCUUCUGAGAGCUUUUCCUGGAUCGUUAACCUCAGUGACCUGGACAACUACCAAACCGGCUCCAGCUUCACUGGAGAAUGUAGCCGCAGCCCUACAGCCAAGCAACAGUAAACGUCACCAUGGGAGAAGCUCAAAAGGGCUUACUCUCUGUCAUCGAGAAACUGAAGGGAUCCACAGGUCAGGAGGUCAGGAUAGUGCUGCUGGGGUUGGACAACGCAGGCAAGACCACCCUGCUGAAGAGCCUCGCCUCUGAGGAUGUGAACACCAUCACACCGACACAGGGCUUCAACGUAAAAAGUGUUGCCUCUCACGGCAUGAAACUAAACGUUUGGGACAUCGGAGGACAGAGGAAGAUCAGGACCUUCUGGAAAAAGUACCUGGAGAACACAGACGUGUUGAUUUACGUUAUUGACAGUGCAGACAAAAAGCGUUUUGAGGAGACGGGGCUGGAGCUAUCCGAGCUGAUUGACGAGGAGAAUCUAAAGGGUGUUCCAGUACUCAUCUUUGCCAAUAAGCAGGAUCUGGCCACAUCGUCUCCAGCCAGUGAGAUCGCUGAGGGACUCAACCUGCACACGUACCGGGACCGCGAGUGGCAGAUCCAGGCCUGCUCGGCCGUGUCUGGGGAGGGCGUUCAGGAUGGCAUGAACUGGAUUUGCAACAACAUCGUGAAUAAAAAGAAGUGAACCAGCGUCCCAGACAACACUGACCAGAGAGCCAGACAGUGACCCAGCAUCACAUAAUCCAUUUACAAUCAACACACCUCAACUAUUACGGGUCCCGUCCCCUCAAAGAUUUGAAUCAGAAUUUUGUUUUUACAGUUUGUCAUUUUUAUGAAUAUUUUGCAAAUUCAAAGAUAUUUUUAGGCACUUAUCAAUCAAAAUGAGUGUUUUUGUCCCCUUUUCCCAAGCGAUUAUUGUGUACUGUGUACUUUCUUAAACACCAAGAAAGUGUGUAGCCAUGUAGAACCGUUGGGGUGUGUCAGUUACGUAGACAAAAGUUGUGUGAGUGUAUGUGUAAGAACGUGUUUUAAGAUUUUUGACAAUAAAACAAUUAGUUAUUUCUGUUUA